AUGGACGGCCUCAAUAGCCAAGAUGAGAUAAUCAGCCGCCCCGCUUCAGCAGAGCCGACACAGGCCAGCGGCCGGUUUCAAGGAGACCGACUGCAGGGCGGUUGUGAUGCUUCAGCUGCAGAAAGACAACAGUUGGAGGCCAAACUGAGUAACCUGACUGAAGAUAAAGGCCAACUGCAGCAGAGUUACUCAGCUUUGACUGCUGAAAGGGAUGAGUUCAAGGCCAGUUUCAGCAAUCUGAGAAACAAGAGUGACCAGUUACAAGCAAGUUACAACACCUUAAAAGAAGAGCGCGAUCAGUUGAAGACGAGCUAUGACGACAUGCAAAAGAGUCUUAAUGAGCUACAGGCGGAUCACAAGACCCUUCAAGCAACUAAAGACCAGCUACAGACCAACUACCGAACCCUGCAAAGAGAAAAGGAAGAGUUCCAGGCUUUGUCUGUUACUCUGAGAGCAAACAGAGAUCAGCUACAAAGCGAUUACUCUUCCCUGCAGAGGAACAAGAACCAGUUACAAGCAAGUUACAACACCUUAAAAGAAGAGCGCGAUCAGUUGAAGACGAGCUAUGACGACAUGCAAAAGGGUCUUAAUGAGCUACAGGCGGAUCACAAGAGCCUCCAAGCAACUAAAGACCAGCUACAGACCAACCACCAAACCCUGCAAAGAGAAAAGGAAGAGUUCCAGGCUUUGUCUGUUACUCUGAGAGCAAACAGAGAUCAGCUACAAAGCGAUUACUCUUCCCUGAAGAGGAACAAGGACCAGUUACAAGCAAGUUACAACACCUUAAAAGAAGAGCGCGAUCAGUUGAAGACGAGCUAUGACGACAUGCAAAAGGGUCUUAAUGAGCUACAGGCGGAUCACAAGAAAAAAGAGCAGUUACAGAACAGUUACAGAAAUUUGACCCAAGUUAAAGAUGAGUUAGAGAAGAAGAUCAACAAUGUCAGAGGAAAAUCCUGUGAGAACGGCUGGAGGAAGUUCGAUAUGAGCUGUUACUUUAUUUCCACUGAGGGGAAGACGUGGAUGUCAAGCAGAACAGACUGCAUUUCGAAAAGAGCAGAUCUGGUCAUAAUAGACAGCAGGGAGGAACAGGAAUUUGUCAACAGCUUAAUGGCGACCAAACAUUGUGCCUGGAUCGGAAUGACUGACAGGGAUGAAGAGGGGACGUGGAAGUGGGUGGAUGGGACUCCAGUCAACACAACGUACUGGGAGGCCGGCCAGCCUGACGACUGGUUUGGGAAGGAGGACUGCGGAGAAACUCGACUGUUGAUAAGAGAGGAAGAGUGGAACGAUGACGACUGUUCUGCUUCACACAUCUACAUCUGCGAACAAUAAAAUUACAAAGAAAUACUGACUAGAAUACCUAUUGUGUAUUAAUCCACAGCUGAAAAUAGUCCCCAGCAUACGUACACACCAUUCACUCCAGUUUUAGGGACUUUUGCUACAACAAUUCCAACUUUGUAUUUUUUUAAAAGAAAACCUCUGUUGUACUUAUUAAGAGAAAUAAUUUUAUCAUUUUAUUUCUUUUUGCUUUUGAACGGAGGUUAACCUAUUUGGUAGGCCAGUGACAUGUCAAUAACAGUAGCCCAGCCCUAAAGCAUACUUUUAUUAAUGGUCAACUCUUUAACUCUACUGCACUAAAUGAACAUCAUGCAGUAUUGAAGGCAAUUUGAAACCAGAGAUUUAGACCAUUAACUAAUGUUUACAAUGUUUACUAAGGGAAUAAAUCAAUGGAGAAGUAAAGCUAUUCUCUCAUAGACUUCUAUAGGACCAGAGGAGUCGCCCCCUGCUGGCCAGUAAAUAGAAUGCAAGUUUAAGACACUUCACUCUUAAUAAUUGGAGGUGCCCCCCCUGGUACUAUUUCACACUAUCUCAGUUGCUCUGAGCGUGUAAUGAAAACACGCCUGUGCGUUGGAGUUAAUUAACAAUGCAUUUGGAUUUGGUCGUGCAUGUAGACUUUUCAGCCUUCAGUUAUAAAUAAAUAAUAAAUUCCA